GUAGUUUAGCGUGAACGCGUUGCGCGUUCCCUGACGCGCGCGCACGAGGCACCACCGAGAAAUGCCCAAAACAGACGCGGACAGAAGGAAAAGCGGACUCUCUAACUUAAUUUUAAAAAAUACCAUCUACAGCGGGACAUUCUUUCACUCACGUCCUUCAGGAUGGCAGAUGCUGAGGGGAAAAACAAUACCUGCGGGACAAUAUGCCUCAAAUACCUUCUGUUCAUCUUCAAUCUUUUCUUUUGGCUGGCAGGGGGCGCUGUGAUGGCCGUGGGAAUAUGGACUCUGGUGGAUAAAAGUGACUACAUCAGCCUUCUGUCCUCCAACACCUACUCAGCUGCGGCCUUCAUCCUGAUUGGCUCGGGGGCCGUCGUCAUGCUCACUGGGAUACUUGGCUGCUGUGCCACCAUCAGGGAACAAAGAGGUCUUCUCAGAGUGUUCUUCGUCCUGUUGUUAUUAAUCUUCCUGCUGGAGAUCACAGCUGGAUUUCUGGCUUAUGUCUAUUAUCAGGAGUGUUUUCCUCUCUGCUACCAGCUGAACGCUGAGCUCAGAGCCGAUCUGAAAGAGAAGAUGGUGCAGAACUACCAGCAGCCUGGACAAGAGCACAUCACUAGAGCCAUUGACAACCUCCAGCAAGACCUGAAGUGUUGUGGCAGUAACAGCUCAGCAGACUGGAGGGAAGGAGCCUGGAUUCAGAUCUCUGCCGACAGACGCCUGGUGCCCGACAGCUGCUGUAAGACCCCCACAGUGGGCUGUGGACUCAGAGACCACCCAUCCAACAUCUACAAAGUGGAGGGAGGUUGCAUAUCCAAACUAGAGGAGUUUAUUCUUCAGCAUCUGAUCAUUUUGGGCUCAGUGGGUCUUGGGAUUGCAUUGAUUCAGAUUGCGGGGAUGAUUUUUACCUGCUGCUUGUAUCAAAGUUUAAAAGAAGAAGUAUACUGAAGUAGAUACUGAUUCACACCGACACCAAAUAAGCCUUCGUGCUGUCUGCGUUACUGUUUGAUUUGAUGUUGUGUGUCAUAUAUCACAGUAAUGCAGGACAGUCCUUGUGCAAUGGGAACUUUGUUUUGUUUUGUUUUAAGCAAAGGUUUUUAAAAGCAGUUUUUAUUUUUAUUUUUUGCAGUACAACUAAUAAAUCUUCUGAAUUCUGACAGUGCCUUCAAAUACAUACAGAAUUUGUUUUUCAGUAUUAAAAUGGGUUGUAAUAUUUGUUAUUGGUUUAUAUGACAGACAAGCAUUUUUACAUGCAUUGUAUGUAACAUUUUUUCUAUUAGUAAAACAUUUAUUUAUUUUCAUCAAGUGGAAGUAAAUAUUCAAGGCAUUCACAGUGUCUGUAGAUUUUCUAUAACCAAAGGUGAUUAAACAAUUGUAGUAAAAUGUGCAUACCAUUUAUACUGUACAUAUGCAAAUAGGAGCUACUUACAAAGUAACUUAAAAGUUUUACCAGGCAAUUAAAACAAUCAUCUGAUCAAAUAA